CCCGGACUGUUUUCUGAAGGCGCACAUCCUGUUUUGAAAGAACGUGUCGAGUUUGCAGUGUGAGCAAGUUAUGUGUUGGCAAAGGCUUUAUCUGUAGUUACAAUGCAGAUAUCCAGUGUGAACGAUGUGAAAAUCUACAAUUUAAGCUACGGAAAGUCUCUCCCAGAGUGGCUGUCAGAUCGGAAAAAGAGGCAGCUACAAAAGAGUGAUGUUGACAUCCAGCGCAGAAUCGAGCUUAUUCAGGACUUUGAAAUGCCGUCAGUCUCCACCUCGAUCAAAGUGUCCAGAGACGGGCAGUUCAUCCUAGCAACAGGUACUUAUAAACCCAGAAUUCGCUGCUAUGACACCUACCAGCUAUCUCUGAAGUUUGAGCGUUGCCUGGAUUCAGAAGUUGUCGCUUUUGACAUCCUGUCUGAUGACUACUCCAAGCUGGUGUUUCUGCACUGUGACCGCUACGUAGAGUUCCACUCCCAGCACGGACACUACUACAAGACGCGCAUUCCAAAGUAUGGGCGAGACUUUUCUUAUCACUAUCCUUCCUGUGACCUCUUUUUUGUUGGAGCAAGCUCUGAGGUUUUCAGACUGAAUCUGGAACAAGGGCGCUUUCUUAACUCACUUCAGACUGAUGCUGUACAGCACAACGUGUGUGACAUCAAUCCCGUCCAUCACUUGUUUGCCACAGGAACCUCUGAAGGGCGGGUGGAGUGCUGGGACCCUCGUGUGCGGAGCCGGGUGGGCACACUGGACUGUGCCCUGAGCAGCGUAACUGAAGGAACAGAAGUUCAAAGCUUACCCUCAGUCAGUGCGCUGAAGUUCAAUGGUUCCCUCACCAUGGCAGUUGGCACGAGCACAGGACAGGUGUUGUUGUAUGACCUACGCUCCAGCCUCCCCCUGCUGGUUAAAGACCACUACUACAACCUGCCAAUUAAGUCGCUCAAUUUCCAUGAGCAGCUGGACCUGGUUUUAUCUGCCGACUGUAAGAUUAUAAAAAUCUGGAACAAAGACACGGGCAAAGUGUUCUCUUCCAUACAGCCUCAAGCCGACAUCAAUGAUGUUUGUCUGUACCCUAAAUCAGGUAUGCUGUUCACUGCCAAUGAAGACACCAAGAUGAACACAUUCUACAUCCCGGCCCUUGGUCCUGCACCUCGGUGGUGCUCCUUCCUUGACAAUCUGACAGAGGAGCUGGAGGAGAGUCCAGAGAGCACCGUCUACGAUGACUACAAGUUUGUCACCAGGAAGGAUCUGGAAAAUCUGGGUUUGUCUCAUCUGAUUGGAUCAUCUCUUCUGAGAGCAUACAUGCAUGGCUUUUUUAUGGACAUCAGGCUCUACCACAAGGUCAAAAGCAUGGCAAAUCCUUUUGCCUAUGAGGAGUAUCGCAAGGAUAAGAUCCGACAGAAGAUCGAGGAGACCAGGACCCAGAGAGUGCAGAUUGAGAGACAGAAACUGCCCAAAGUGAACAAAGAACUGGCUCUCAAGCUCUUGGAGGAGGGAGAUGAUACUGCCCAGAUGGCGUCCAGGAAAAAGAAGGGCAAGGCACUUCCCAGCAUCCUGGGCGACGACCGCUUCAAGGUGAUGUUUGAAAAUCCUGACUACCAAGUGGACGAGCAGAGCGAAGAGUUCCGCCUGCUCAACCCGAUUGUCUCCAAGGUUGGACAAAAGAGGAAGAAGAAGCUGUGUUUGUUGGCUCAGCAGGCUGCUGCUGCUCAGCAGGUUGCUGAGGAGGAGCAGGAGGAGCCAGAGGGGCAAGCCAGCUCCGAGGAGGAGAGUUCAGAUGACGACAAGAGCUGGGUGGAGGAGGUGAGGGAGCAGCGGAGGCUGCUGCGGCAGGAGGACCGACACCGCCGGCGGGAGGAGAGGAAGCAGGCUGACCGGAGCACUGUCUUACUGGAGAAGGAGCAGAAUACCCGAGAGAAAACUCCAAACGUAGUCGACGGCAAGAAGACUAGUCAGCCUCAGUUUUAUCAGAUCAAAGCCGGGGAGGAGUUCCGCAGUUUUAGAGACGUGGCCCAAAAGCAGAAACUACAGAAGGCCUCUCUGGAGGAACGUCUGAAGUUGGAGGAGAACUUUAGGACCAGCAACGUGUCGGACAGCACAGUGGGCAGCAAACAGCUCACCUUCACUCUGAAAAAGUCGGAGCAGCAGGCGCGGCGGCAGCAGGCAGAGCGGGAGCAUCACAAGGAAAGGAAGAAGCUGCGGCGCUCGGCCGGGCACCUGAGCAGCGCCCGCGGGAGAGGCAGGCAUGGCAGCAGAGGAAGAGGAGUGCGUGGUCGCCCUUUGUCCUGAGUCACCCGAUCCGCACCGCUGUAGAACACUGAGCACAGACCUGCUGCUCUACAACGCUCCCUGAUUACAGAGGAUCACUCUCUGGGUGCAUGUGUCAUUAUCCAAAACUUCUUGGAGCACAUGAAGUGUGCUGACUGUCGGUGUGGGUGGUCCCACGAGGGAUUACAGAUGUGAAGAACUCAGAGGUCUGAACCUGCAUCUUUAUUACAGCUGAUCCUCAGUGCAGACUGCUGCUUUGUUGAAAAAAGUGUAUUUUAAUGCCUUUUCUACCAUAAUAUUAAAUAAAUUUGAUAUUUAAACCCAGUGUUGCCAUUGGUAGAGUUGGUCAUU